CUACCUUGGUUCAUUACCUGGACCAGCUUAUCCAGCAGGUCUUAGGAGAAGUUCUUUGACUUAUUUCAACUCUACCUUCAUGGACUCUGUGACCAGAAAGGUCCCCAACCAGACUUUCCUAUAGAACUAGCAAGCUGCCUACAGUAAGUGCUGAGAUCAUCGAUUCCGGAGUUCGUCCAGGUCCGGCGUCAGGUCUCUCGCGAUAAGGGCCACCUUCCUGUCCAUCCAACGAGUACUUCAGUAUAUAUAAUGGCUCGCUCGAAUGACCAUGACAAACUGUCGAUAGACAAGCGAGAUUUUGAUGCAAAUCGUCCCCUGCUCCAUGCUUCAAUAGUCGAUGGAGACGGAGAUGAACGGGUAUACCAGCCACCAGGCGCCCGAUCCAGAUCGAGGCAUUCACGACCUUCCACCGAGGAUGGUCUAGAUGGAAGAAGCGAUGGUCUUCUCAGCGACGUCGUUGAGGAGAUAUUAGAGCGGGAUCGAAUGAGGAUGAAGAGGGAGGUGGUGAGAGUGUCGAGCUUUGUUUGGGGGGUUGUUAGCUGUUUAUGUGCUGGGAGUAUCACCACCUUUUCUCUCUAUGGCCCUUUGCUGCUUUCGCGACUACACUAUACCCAGAUGCGCGUCAAUGCUGUUGCUAUCACCGCUGAAGUUGCCAUGUACCUUCCUGUCUCCUUUUUCGGUUAUCUAUGCGAUCGAUACACGCCCUCUCCGCUAGCGUUAUUGUCGGCGAUAUUCUUCGGAACGGGCUACCUUCUGGCUGCAUUCACCUACAAAAGUGGACCGCCGCCUGAUGCGGGUGGAUCAGGAUGGCCGUUCUGGGUUAUGAUUGUGGCUUUUGUUGGAGUGGGAGCGGGAACAAGUUGCUUAUACCUCGCCGCGGUGACUACUUGCGCGAAGAACUUUGCAAGAAGCAAGUAUAAGGGUCUUAUGCUAGCAGCCCCGAUUGCUGCUUUUGGUCUCAGUGGCAUGUGGCAGAGUCAGGUGGGAGCGCAUUUCUUGUACGAAAGACUGGAAGACGGCUCCAAGGGCGAUGUCGAUGUAUUCAAAUACUUCUUGUUUCUGUCUAUCGUGCUUAUUGUCGUUAGUCUACUCGGUGUGUUUGGAUUGAGGAUCGUCGACGAAGAGGAAACGAUCGAGGAAGCAUACGAGGAACUGGAGCGCAGCGGAAUCCUGGGAGAGAGCGACUUCUUCCGAUCCAGAGACGAAACGCGAAGUGCAUACGGGACAUUUCCGCAGGACCGGGCUAGUGAAGGGGAUGAGGAACAGAAUAUUACGCUGUCAGAUGAACAGCGCGAGGCUCGUAGGCGGGAGAAGGAACGCGAGGAAGAGGAGCGGCAGAGGAAGAACUGGCUCCUGAAUUACGAGACGAGGCUCUUCCUCAAGGAUCACACAAUGUGGUGGCUUGCCGCCGGCUUUUUCCUGGUUACAGGCCCUGGAGAGGCUUAUAUCAACAACUUGGGAACUAUCAUCCAAACUCUCACGCCACCUUCAUAUCCUCUUCACAGUCAACCGCCGGCGGGUUUGCCAUCGACCCAUGUAUCAACUAACGCAUUGACGUCGACUCUGGCUCGCUUGCUGACGGGCUCUUUAUCCGACCUCUUUGCUGCCCCCGCAAGUCACCAGUAUCUCUAUUCUCUUGAAAACCCCAACCGGCAGCCCGUUCCCCGCGUAGAUGGCCUCACCCUUUCACGCCUGACAUUCCUUCUUCCCUGUGCCCUGCUCCUUUCUUUCGGUUUCUUGCUCCUUGCCUCCCCGCUACUUCUUCAUCAUCCAGGACUCUUUCAUCUCACCACCACUCUUGUCGGCUUUGGAUAUGGUGCUACGUUCUCUCUAGUACCGAUUAUAAUAUCCGUUGUUUGGGGUGUCGAGAACUUUGGCACAAAUUGGGGUAUCGUCGCUAUGACCCCUGCCGCUGGUGCUGCUGUCUGGGGUCUCAUCUACUCCGCGGCCUAUGAUGCCGGCAGUGCUCCAGAUGGACAGUGUCGGGGCUGGAAGUGUUACGGCUUCUGGGCUGUGGGCUGCACGCUCAGUGUCUGGGUAGCUGUCAUCGCAUGGUCGAUUGCAUGGAGAAGCUGGAGGAGGAGAGGAGUCGUUGUCUGAGCGUCUUGAUUCCGCUAUAUCUAGCAUACUAGAUGCAUUCUGGAUAUUGGCGCUUCUGUCUUGCC